UAUCGUUUCUACGACGAUGCGCGUUUGAUUUAAAAAUAAAUAUAAAAUAGAACAAACCUCGUUACACAGUAUUAUUACAUCUCAACGUUUCCCAAUUCUCUACGAAAAAUAUCCUUAUUUACGAAUAUUCUCAGUGGAAUUCACCUCGUGAAAAAAUAUCGUAAAAUUCCAUCCUCGGAGAAAACAGUGUUGGGAAACACUGAAUCACAUGUUUACACGCGAAUAUAUUAAAUUUUGGCGCGGAGGGUGGCUAAACUCGUAUCUAAAUCCGCGAAAGGAAAAGAAGAAUGUACUCUAAAAUUAAACUCAACCCCGAUAUAUUUAGAGCAUCGAUAACACAAUCGAGCGAGAAAAAAAAGUAAAUAUAAAUCACCCAUAUACAUAUAUGCAAACGCGUAGAACCAGAUGGCUGAGAAUGAGAAAUUUGGCGAUCAAGCGUUUGGGCAUGAGAGGAACGGGAAUCGGGGAUCGUGCGGCCGCAACAACAGCGAACAAAGGGCGCAACCGAGGCCCACGACGAGGCCACGCAAAGUGGAGUGCGAGGGCGAGUUGCCGGCGCCACCGCCGGAUCCGUGGGCCAAUCUCUGGCCCAGCCUGCACAACAAUUCCCGCGACCAGCAGGUGGAGGCGGGGAGGAACAGCCGGAGCCUGGACGAGGACGAGGACAUGAUCGCCUACUUGACGGACGAUCUCGGCUCGCUGCCGCCGUUCGAGGGGCGGACCCCGUCGGGGUGCCCCUCGAGAAAUUCUGCCGUGUCCGCGAUGGCUAUUUCAAGCGUUUACGCGGAAGACGCUUUCGAGCAUUUGGACCGGUUGUACGCGUUCGUGGACCAGAUUCUCGAGCUCAGGGAUCGAAACGCGAAGUUUUUCAAGCGCGUGAGGAAUCUGGAACGGCUGAAGGUGUUGAGGGACGCGAACCAAAAGUUGGAAUACGCUUUNGCGCGCGGCAACGGGGCGGCGACGGCGGGGAGCGCGUGCGAGGAGGACACCGGGUUCGCCGAGUCGUUGCUCGACGCUAUGCUGUCCAAUUGCAGGGAUUCCCCGUUCCAGAGGAGGGGGGCGAGGUCGGGUCCGAGGCAGGCAUCGAGGAACAACAAAUUGGACAUCGACGUCAAGCAAACGUCGGCGGACGAGAUUUCUGGAACCGCGCCCAAGGUCUCCAAAUGGACGAGAGUUAAGGCCGCGUUUAAGUGGGAAAGGGCUUACACGAACGACGCCGAGAACACGGAUUCGGGCAUGGCCCCCCCCUCCUCGUUGUCCCCGGCUAGCAAGCAGAAUCANNGGAAUCACGAUGUCGAUGCCAGGGAAUCGAGCAACACCGCAACUUCGUCGCCUGUUAACGAGAAUUGCAACGUGGGAACGCCUGUCGCUCGAACCUCUUCGCCCUCUUCGUCCAACGAUGGAUUUUACGAUUGUCAGAAAGCUGGAACAAACCAAGUGGAUUGCCAAUCUUUAAAGAGAAAAGCUAAUAAAAAGGCGGAUUUUGCAAAUUGGCAUAGCGAAUCCCUUGAUGAUAAUAUUCUUAUGGAUAGCUUGCAACCCCAUGAGACAGGAGUUGCAACAAAUGAGGCUAGCCAAGGGAAGCCUUUAAUACGAAUCACAUCGGACAAGAGUGACGCGGGUAAAAUGGAUGAGAAGGAUGUAGAAUCGAUAUCAAAGAGAUCAACUCCGACAUUGACGAUUGCAAUACCUUCGCACGAGGAGGAUAUAAGAUACACUUCGUCCCCAGAAUCGAGCUCACCGCUCUUUUUCAACGCGAACGCCUCUGCCGGAAAUUCUCCGCAACACAGGAAGACGUAUCGAGACCAAUCUGUGAAGAACGAUUUUAAACGACAGCAAUCGUACGGUGGAGAAACAUUGAUGUCGAAGAUGCAGAGGCAAGACUCGAAAUGGAACAAGGUCAGGCGAGCAUUUCUAACGAAUUCAACCCCAAACGUGCCAUCGAACCUCAACGUUCCCAGACAGACGCUCUUUCAAGAUGGUUUCGAAACUUCGAUAAGCAGCAAUUACGACAGCGUGGAAAAUAUGGAGAAAACGACACCUUCCAACACACCGUCGCAAGACACGAGACAAGAUUACCGCGCCCUCAGAGAGAAACUGGGAACCGAAUUCCAUCAAAAGUUGAUCGAGUGGGAGCGUUUAAAAAAUUUUCCACCCCGCGUUUCCACGAAAGAAACCUCCUCGAAUUUACCGAGUCCUCGAGAAAGCUUGCUGUCGGAAGAAAGAUUAGCACCCGAGUUCAGGAAGAAAUUGCAAGACUGGAAACGCGCCAAAAAAAUACGAAGAGGAAGUGCCCCGUUUGUGCUGCAGCAGAGGCUGAAUCGGCGUCGUUUAACGGAUUGGCAACUUUGGAGAUCUCCUUUGAAAACCGAAUUCAGAAAUAAAGAAAUCUUCAGUUUCGCUGGUGGUGAAAGCGGAGAGACCGUGAACGAUGGGAGAACGCAAGUUUGUGAGGAUUAUCCGAGAAAAAUGGAAUCUUGGAAAAGAACGAACGAGAGUAAUUGCGAUGCGAAAAGUCAAACACGUACCAAAUCACAUCAAUUUGGGAUUGCGACUGGAAUCGACGAAAGCGAGUUUCUCGCUUUGGAAAGAUUACUGUCGCUUUUCAACAAUAAUACGAGUAAGGAACGACGAGACAGUGAUGUUCAACAAUUGGACGAGUGCUUCGAUGGGGAUGCAAGAUCGUAUGCCGAUGGAACACAAAAUUUAAAUGACACCAACGAAGUUUUCGUUCGAACAUCUGUUGGAUCUUACCGGUUCGAAGGUAUUUCGCGAGAAUUCACAAGAAAAUUGUACGACUGGGAGCAAUAUCGUGGAAUAUCACCGACAUCUUCGACUUUCCGCCUUUUAGGACCUUCUUACAUACCAUUCUUAAGACAGACAACUAUGGAAACAUCGACCGAUAAUUCACCGAUAACAAAAAUUGGAAGCGACGAACCGAUAUCGUUCAAAGUCUGCUCUUUGAAGAGGUCGAAAUCUGUUGGCAAUGUGGUCGAACAAAAUGAUCGAAAUGAACUUUUCAUACGCCGUUCGAACAGUCUACAAUCAUUGGAUCAUCUCACGAACAGGUUAAAAGAUACUGAUCGCAUAAAUGAUUUACAAGAAUCAAUCGAUCCUCAGAGACCAGAGGACAUAGUCGAAGACAUAAUGGACGAUUCGGAACCGGAAGCAAUGAUCGUCGACAUCGAAGACGUGAUCGAAGAAACUGCGAGCCCCCUGGAAAGGGUGCAACCACACCAAACACCCGUGUACUCGGUUGCAGCGAGCGAAACGACGAGUAUCGCGGUACCAUUGGGAACUGUUACCUCCAGUCACGAACCAUCACCGGUAUUCUUGAUAGACAUAGAGGAAAAUUCGGAUUCGAAACGGUGGGAGUCGAAAAAGUGGAAUCAAAGGAAAAGUGUCUCGAGCGAAGACAGUUUGAGCCUGGAACAAUCCGAAAUGGCGAAAUCUUGGGACAACGAGAGAAAUUCUUCGAGUAACGUGGAUUCGGAGCAUUGGUCCUCUGCAAGCUCGUGGAGCAAGAGGGAAACGUUUGAUGUGAAGGAGAACGUUGAUAAUUCGGAUCGAGAAUUGGAUAAAGAUUCAGUGAAAUCGAACAGCUCGAUUUAUUCGACCGAUGUGGAUACGGAAUUUAACGUUGUAAACGAGGGAAAAGAGCAGAAUCAGGUUAAUUUCGAGAGAGAAGAUGUUCCUGUAACAUUAUCUGAAAGGGAAGAUGGACUUGAAAGAAACCUGAAGGAAUCUGAUGCACAAUCAAAAGUAGCGACCUGUCGAUACAAUCAGGAGUUAUCGAUUGAGAAGGAACAAGAAUAUGAUUAUGAACAGAUAGAAAAGGAUGAGAACAUCAAUGAUGAAAAAAAUCUUAUCGAAACUUCGAAAUCCAACAACGAAUAUGAAGAAAUAAUCGUGACCAGUUCUUUUACGAAUUUGCAAUCAAUGGAAAAUUAUAACGAUGAAACGGCUAAAAAUUUAUUAAAAACAUCGAUUAAUUGUAAAUUAGAGCAAACCAAGUUUGCAACGCGUGACGUAGAUCGUUUCUACACCAAUCAAGAUCAAAAAAAUUCCAAAAAAGCUGAAGAAACUUAUACCGUAAUCAGAAAUGAAUUACUCGACAGCGUUCAUCGAGAUUUAUCCAAAAUAAAAUUAGACACGAAUCGUUAUGACUCGUCCAAACCGUGCACCAAUUAUCCAACCUACGAAAAAGAAAACGAUCGUUUCAAAGAAACAACAAGAAGUUCACAAUCCGUCGAAAGAAAGAAAUGGCAAGAAUAUCGUAACACCGAAACUGCUUCGUCUUCCUUGUUAUCGAGUCCCUCCUCGUUCGAACGUCAUCGUGAGCCAACUAUUCAAACAACUGCAUAUACGGUAGCGCCAUCUCGCGACCAACGUUGCUUCGAGAGAAUCGUGAUCAACGAAGAAACUCUGAACAAAAUAGUCGUACCCACGGCGACGGGCUGCGUGGAGAAAGCAAACGUCUCGAGAUCGCCGAUAGAGCGAGCACCAAUCAAAGGUUCAACGGAUGAAUAUCGAUCGAGCAACGAUCGUGACGUUCCAAUCAAUCGAGAAACAAGUGCUAAAAAGCAAAUCUCCAAUUCACCGACCAGAAACGUUUUCAUCAGGACGAAACGUAUAAUAUUCUCUCCGUUCCGACGUUCGGAAGAUCACUCGUCUGGUAAAAAGGAGAACAAUAGUAGCGAGGAUGAUCGCGUGUUUCCUACGAAGAGCAAAAGCAAGUCGAGGUCUGGAUCGCCUAAAGUAAACCGACAAGACGCCCUCUUGAGGAUGUCUCUUUCGUUACCGUGGCCCCUUCGCCCAUCCUCGAAGGAUCGUGACACGAAGGAAGCGAAAAUCGAAGAGGAACGGGCCCCAGUUAAACAGAAAGAAAACUUCAAACGGUGCAAGUCUGUGGAGAGCUCGAGGAAAUCGUCCAUCGGCGAUAACAUAUUCCAAACGAGGCGAGACAGAGACUCGUCGAUCGAAUUUAAAAAUUCUACGAACGAGAAGAAGAAGGAGAGAGGGAGUGUCUCGGUGCAAACAGAGAUUGCAGGUGAACGAGAAAAUCGAGCUUCCUUUAGAGUCAGCUUGCCCAGCUUAAAAACUGAAGAGAAAACGAAAAAAAAUUCUUCUUCUUCCUCCCCCUCCUCCUCCUCCUCUUCCUCUUCUUCCUCCUCGUCUUCUUCGAGAUUCGACCCACAAUCUUCGGAUCUUAUCCACAAACUGACGAUUCUGUCGAAUGCAGUGGCCAGAAGAGACGGCAGAACCAACACGAUCUCCGAAGAAUCGUCCCUGGUCGAAUCACACUCGUUGAGAGUGCGACGAGCGAAAGAGGAUUUCUUGUCUCGUCGAGGUGGCCCGCUUUGCCAUUCCGUGUUGGAGCCUCCAUCCGUCAAACGCGAGGAUUCUCCAAGAACGUUCGUCCAUUUCUACGAGCAGAUCUCGGAAAAUCAAGAGAGAAGCGGCAAGCAGAGUAAUGCAAAUUGUGCCCCAAAUUCGUUAUUAGACGCGUCGAAUGAAAAGGAAGGGCAGGAACAGGAGAUGGCAACGAAAGAGAAGAGGAUGGAACAUUUUUUGAACGAUUACAACGAACUGUCGAACGGUUCUCGACCCGAUCGUGUUAAAUCUGCCAGUGCUGGAAUGAUAAACGUGGAUCCGGACACGUUCGUGCGUUUGACCGAAACCAGCCGAGGAUGCGAGUCUCUUCCAAGAUCGAUCUCGAAGCAGCCUCAGCCGUUGGGAUCGCUCGCGAAAAUUGUCAAUAAAUUAAAGUUUACGAGAUUGAUACGCAGCAAAGAUGCUCAGGAGGAGAAUAUGAGCACGAUCUCGAAAUUGUGCAGGCAGAGUUUGUUGAUCGACGUUAGAAACGAUUUUGACAAGUGUUGGGAGUCGAACGAUCGUGAAAAGGUUCCUAGAGGGGAUAGCGUUGAGAAAAAUAAGAAAAACGAAUGAUUGUGAUUUUUAAAUUAUACUUUUGAAUUGCAGUGAGACUUCCAGUAUUCGAAUUAGUAAUUAUAUGUGUAUAUUUUAAUUGUCAUUCUUUUUUGUCGUAUAAAUCGUUCGAUUGUGUUGAUUUUGUAUCGUAAAUGGUGAAAAAUGAUAAGAUACGUUUCUUGCAAUUUUUAAUGGCACCUCUAUCAUUUUUUCUAUCUUCUAUCAAGAGGAUUGUAAAAUAAUUUUUGGAGAAUUGAAUCGUAGAAUUAUUUGCGUGAGAAAU